UGAAAAGUCAAGUGUGCAUGUUAUCGAUGACGAUGAAAGAAUAAAUCUGUUGCAUUCCCAAGACAAUACUAUCACAGCUUCAGUCAUUACCAACAGAACAUUAUGAAGGUCCUUAUGCAAACAAACAAGGAGAAGAGUCGUUUGUAUAAAGGUGAUUGUCAACACACAAUGACACAGAAUUGCUUAAAGUCCUGAUUUUGUAGAAGCUUGGAGGUCGUAAUGGCUGCGAGACCAGACUUAAAGGAGUUGGAAAAUUCGUCGAUUCAUAUCAUAAGUGAAAAUGUUGAAACCCCUGGUGGUAUUAGUGUCGGCCAGCAGUCUUCAGUCAGUGAUUUUUCUGUCGGAAGUCAAAGUCAGUUCUUGAGAGGCAAAACAGAAAAAGAUGAAUAUGUCAAAUCAUGUCUUCAAGUUGAUAUUGAGGUCGUUGACGAAAUAGAAGAAGAUAAGCCUUGUGGGAUAGGAAAAUGUCGACCAAAUGGACUUCAGACCUGCGCCAAUAUAAAAACGUUUGUUACGUGUAUGUGUCUUUUGAUGGUGACAACAGGAACUAUGUCAACAGGCUACUUUAACAGUGUGAUAACAACUAUAGAAAAACGAUUCGAAAUUGGCAGUUCCAUAUCUGGCUUAAUUGUUGCAUCUUACGAAUUUGGUUCUCUAGUGACUGUUAUUUUUAUUAGUUAUUUAGGUGGAAGACGUCACAUUCCAAAAUGGAUCAGUUACGGAAUUUUCCUAAUGUCACUUGGGGCAUUCCUUUUUGCAUUGCCACAUAUCAUUGCCAAAAAGUAUACAGUUCACCGCGGAAUUUCAUCCAAUGAAACGGAAGAAAAUAUUUGUAAAGUGGUUGAUGACUUGAGUAAUGGACAAUAUAAAGAGAAGUGUAUCGGCGAGACUUCAGGGAACUGGGUUUACGUGUUGAUUCUGAUAUCUGCUCAGGUGUUGAUAGGGACUGGAGGAACACCAGUGUUGACUCUUGGAACAACUUAUGUUGACAAUCAUGUUCCUAAAGAUAAGGCACCAGCAUAUCUAGCUUUUAUAUAUGCAUCUGGAGUAUUAGGUCCAGUAUUAGGCUAUGCCUUAGGAGCUCUGUUACUACAGUACUACGUCGACGUGUUCAGUUAUAUUGUCAACAUUCGUCCAUCAGAUCCGCAGUGGAUAGGUGCUUGGUGGAGUGGAUUCAUUAUCUGUGGAAUUCUGCUGUUUGUUCUUGCCUUUCCUUUUCUGUCAUUUCCACGAAUUUUGGUUGAGGAGAAAAGAAAAAUCUUGGAAGUGAAAACUAAAGAAGAAUUGUUGAAUCAGGAUGAUAGGACUUCUAAACAUGGGGAGGAGUAUGGUAAAACUAUCAGAGACAUUCCUCGUUCAAUGUUGAACUUAUUGAAGAAUAAGAUAUACAUGUUGACCAGUCUUGGUAUUUGUUGUGAGAUUGCUAUAGUCAGUGGAUUUGUCGUCUUUCUUCCAAAAUAUUUAGAGACACAGUUUGGUACAUCUAAAUCAAUGGCAAAUCUUUUCACAGGUGGUAUUGGCAUACCUGGUGCUGUAGUUGGUAUACUGGUUGGAGGUUUUAUUUUGAAAAGAUUCCAGCUUCAUCCUAAAGGUGCUAUAAAGUUGGCAUUGGUGCUCGAUGCUCUGGCUCUGUCCGGUUUUGUUUUGUUUAUGGUGCUCGGUUGUGAAAAUGUCAAGAUGGCCGGGGCUACAUUUCCAUAUCAUGCUUAUGUUAACAGUACUGAUUUCGAUGAUUAUGGUUUUGACCUAGAUAAUGCUGAAGCGAACCUGACAUCUACAUGUAACAUGAACUGUGAUUGUUCCCAGAGAGAAUCACAACCUAUUUGUGGUAUCAAUGGCAUUACAUACUUCUCUCCCUGUCAUGCUGGAUGUACAAGGUUCUACAGCUACAUUACACCAGAGGAAAAACUCAUGAAUUUCAGUGGCUGUACCUGUAUCAUGGAUAAUCCCAUAUCCCCAGAGGUCAUUGUGUCACCCGUGGCAACCAAUGGUCCAUGUAAAUCAACAUGUCAUAAUCUUUAUCCAUUCCUCUUUCUACUUGUGGUUGUGACCUUCACUGUGGCUGGUACACAGAUGCCUUUGUUAAUGGUGACCUUGAGGUCUGUUCAUGAAGAAGAGAAGAGUUUCGCUUUGGGCUUACAGUUUGUGAUAUUGAGACUGUUUGCCUAUAUUCCAGCUCCUAUCAUGUUUGGUAAUACAAUAGAUACCUCGUGUCUGGUUUGGAAUACCAAGUGCGGAAAUCAUGGUUCAUGUCUGUUGUAUGAUAUUGUACAGUUUAGAUAUAAAUAUGUUGGUGUUUCAGCUGGUCUGAAGUGUUUAGGUGCUAUAUUAUUUUUCUCUGUAUGGAUACUAAUGUAUAUAAGAGACAAAGAGGACACAGGAACCAUCACAGUGAGAGAUAUUUUUAAUUCUAUGUCCUCAGUAGAAAGGAUGGAUUUGGAUUAUGACCAAAGACACUACAAACAUCCAAAAGACAAGCAUAGUGAAGUCAAACAUUCAGGUGAUGGUGAAUCUGACAAGCAGUUCAGUGAACGAGAUCAGUGGAACAGGAAGUUGAAAUAUCGCCACAAGAGUUCUGAAGCAGGAGAUCUUGUUCCUUGUGAGCCAACUGUCUUAUCAUCAAUGCUUGAUACGGAGUCUGCAGUGUGAUAUACAGGACUUUCAGAUCCUAUUCUUUCUUAAGUGCUUGUGUAUAUAUUUGGGUUAAAUAAUUGUUAAAGUGAAAAUGAUGUUUUGUUUUUUGCAGUUUAUUUAUGUUACUUUGUCAAAUUGUGUACAAAGUUACUUUUUGGUGGGUGCCUUUCUCUUGUGAAGAUCAAAUUAACUAAAAAUUUUAAUACCGAAAAAAACAAAUGUAAAUUAUGCAGCAAGUCAUGAUACUUUUAUAAUUUUUUUUUACUGCUUUGAUGAAUAUCGCAAAGUAUGAGUAAGAUGAUAUUUUAGUUAUAGUGCAACUUUGGUUUGAUUAUUGUGUACUGGUUCAUAAUACCCCCCCCCCCCCCCCCCCCUGUUUUUAAUAGACUUAAUAAAUGCUAUUCCUUAUCCUAGAACGAAAAAAAAUUCCUCUGAGAGUUGACAUAUAUAUCCCUUAUUCUCAAACUGUUCACCCAACAGAAUUAUUUGUGACAAAAUUAAUAGAUAUAAUAAUGUAGUUGUUUCUAAUAUUUUUUAUCAUUGUUUGUUUUGAAGGAGACCGAGUAAAAAUUUUUGCAAGCAUUUUUGUUCAUUUUUUAAAGAGUGCAGAAUAUUCUGUCUCCCAUCCCACCUCAUUCACUUUUAUAAGAGUCGAACAUCUUUAUAAAAAAUGCAGAAAUUGUAGAAUUUCAUUGGUUUUGAUAUGAGUUAUUGUAAUGUAAAAUUGCUUUGAGAGUGAAAUGGACUAGUUCAAAAAUAGUGCUUCAAAACAGGAAUGUCAUUGUCUCUCUCAUUUCGGCUUUGGCCUUAACCAAUAAUAGUUUGUUUAGAGUAACCCAACUCUCCCCAAAUAUAGUUCGUAUCCAAGCUGCUUUAUUGCCUUUCUUCAACAAUCACUAUUUAAGUCGGACCUUAUCUCCAAUACAUCCCUUUUACCAACAAAAAACACAAAUAAUCCUACCAAUAUUUAUUUAUCUAAAAUAAAAUUCACUAUUAUAGUUAAAAUUUUCAUUUUGAAAUAGCAUAUUUUGCUGAAACAGAGAACAUCAGUUAUAAGAAUUGUAUUUGAAUAGGACCUCUGUAAAAUUAAUUUCUGAUAGAAUUACAGUUAAAAGAUAUAAGUUAAUAUAACCCAGAUGCUAAAAUACUCUUCAAGAGAUCAUUAGCGAAGUUGAAUUCUUAAUUGUUUAUUUGAAAAGGUACUUAGCAAGUUGAUAUGUGAAAAUAUUUUUAUGUUCUUUAUUGUAAUAAGUUGUUGCACAAUAUCAAUGCAAGAGAUGUUAUUUAAUUGUUGUUAGAAUCAAAUAUUAGCCAAAAUAUGUAUCAGUAUUGGUAAUGAUAUAUUUGUAUUUAUAUUGCCUCGGUUACUGUUUAUGCUAUGAUAAUUUUUGUAGCGAUUUUGUAAAAGUUUCAUAUCGUUCCAUAUGAAGUCCUAUGGGGAUGUUGGUUAAAAUCAGUCAGUUACUUACCAGUACAUUUGCAACAUGCAUUGCCACGUUUACACCUUACACACAGUUUCUCUACAUGCCUUCCUAACAAACUACAGACAAAUAAAAGCGUAAUCUGGAAACGUCCACUUUUCACGGUCAUAACCGUCAUCUGUGCUGGUAUUAAAAAAAGAAAUCAAAUCCUCAAUUUUUGCAUUAUUUUCAAGAAAGUAGGGAUGGUGAGGUGUGUUCAAUGCUAAUUUUGAUAAACAAGAAUUGUCAGUUUUCCUUUUGAUGUCAGUGGUUCUCUUCAAUUUCCUGGCUCCCUCCACCAAAAAAACAAUGGUUGCCAUGAUAUGGCAGUCACUGAAAGGGGCAUCAAACACUGUCAAACAAUCAAGAAAGUAGGAUUGAAUCUUGAACUGAUCAAACUUCUGCUGCUGGGGUUUUUGAAUUGGUCGCAUCCAAGUACAUUAUUCAAACUCUGACAUUCAAGCAUAAGCUAAACCAUUUCCACUUGUUCAAGAUAUUUGAGUUGAUGAGCAUGGUACCCAAAAAAGCAAAAUGUAUGGUAUUUUACCAAGAACAGAAGACUUGAAUUGCCUUUUAUUUACAUUAACAGUCAGUUAACACCACAUGGGUGUUUUCUGAAUUAUCAAAGAUUUAACAAUGUUUCCAUAGAAAGAUAUUUUUUGUAAAACAGUUUUAUACCAUAAUAAUAUAAAUGUUAAAGCAACAAAAAUUGAGCAGAAGCAGUUGUUGUAUGGUAAAUUUAUAUUGCCUUUUUUUGUAAAUAUUGUGUUCAAAUCCAUUUCUGGUCAGUUUUUUUUUUUUGAACAAAAUGCAUUUUUUUUGGCCAAGUCUAGUCAUAGAAGCAAACCUGUGUUCAUAUAUUAGUCAGCAGUACAGCUAUUACAGAGAUUUUGCAUUCAGCAUCUUCAAAAUGUUAUAAAUAUGUGUUCAUGUAUAGUAGUUUUUUGGUGGAAUGAAUAAUAAUAUACAUUUUUGUACUUAAAAAUCAUUUUGAAACUAGAGUAUAAUGUACCUUUAAAUUUAUGAUAUCCUUUGACAUUUUAGGGCUGUUCCGAAAAUGAUUGUGGUGGGGGGCAUGGGAAAUAUGUACAAAUUAUAAAUAAAAUAAAAUUCUAUAUAUGAGUGGUUGGGCUCUGAAUAAAGUGCCUCCCGCAUUCUUCCCCUCCUAUGCCCCUCCCAUCCCCUCCCAUGCAUCUAAUUCUGGAACAGCCCAUAGUAAUUUUCAUAAGUUGUUGCUAUUUGUUUUUGUUGUCUUUCAUCAGACUGUGGAUCAUUGUGAAAAAACAGCAUUAUAUAGGUUAAUAUAUCAAUUUGUUAUUGAUUUUUAUAAAUUUGAUAUUCAGAAUCUAUUGGAGGUAGUUUCUUUAUAAAUAAUUGUAAAUAAUAUCUCACCAUCAGCUUGUUGAAAUUGUCAUCUUUAUAACUAAUUAGAUUCUGAACAGCAAGUAGUUAUCACAUUAAAUUGGUCGGAAGACACAGUUAUCAUCCUUUGAUUUUUGUAGUCCCUAGUGUGGACUGUAUAUAACUUGCAAAUUUUUUUCAUACACUUUCUCAAUUCAUUUCUUGUAUUUUAUGCUUGAAAUAUAAAGUAUGGGGAUGAAAUUACAUGUUUAAAAAAAUUGGGCUCUGAUUUUUUUUUUUUUUAUGUUGAGCAGUGAUUGGGUCCAGUUAAAAAAGUAAAAAAAUAGUAUGUCUGAAGCUGUCAAACUGAAUUUUAGACCCCCUUAAAAUAGAAUUGUUCAUAUUUUGAGUUAGAGCUGGUAGAAUUUUCUAUAAUUUUGAUAAUAUUUGUCCCAAUAGUAGUACACUACACUGUAAAAAUCUUUUUGAGAUUGAGCAAGUGUGAUUUUUUUAAUUUGAAUUUAUUGUCUAAAAGAAGAGCACUACAAAAUAACUGUGUUCUCGGGCCAAUUGUUAGAUCAUUUCCUAAUGUUGCUAAACAGUUUUGCACAAAAUGGUUGACAGGAAGUUAUCAUUUGCCUAUAAUAACUGAAAAAAUAAUUGUUUGUUUGUUCUUUAAAAUGUUUUAUUAAUACCUUAAAGAAAUGUAGGCUUGAAAGCACUUACAAUGCAAUUUUCCAUAAAAUUAAUAUUUACAAGGGGCACAACUCUUUUAGAAAUAGUUGAUUUUAGCAAUGCAUCACAUGGGGGACAAAAUGUUCCUGUUGAGAAUGAAGUGAAUAAAUUUAACAGAGACUGAAAGAUCUGCCAAUAGCACAAUACAUUUUUGUGUUUCCUAAGUUUAAAUUGAGUUUUGCCAUUUAAUAAAUGGCAGCAGUGGUGAUGUCUUUAGUUGAACAUACUCACUCCCAUUUAAGUUAUCAAUACAUGUACUUGUUGUGUAAUGCAAUGUAAAAUUCCAUCCAAAUGUUUGUAUAUUUUUGUACAAUGUAUGAUAUUUGAUAAAUUUUGUGUAUGGUUUCUGGAUGUGAUCAUUUUUAAACCACAUUUUUGUACAUUUAAACUUUUUCAUAUUGCCACCAAUUAUCUGUGGAUUUCACAAAGAAAUAUUGAAUUUGUUUGAACUUGAACAUUUAAAUAUAAACAUAAACAUUUUGGAACUUUGAAAUAUGCAGAUAUGAUUGUAUACACACACCUUAUUUUGACAUGACAAGAGAAAAUGUCUGAUGCCACGUAGCAAAAUCCUUUGUAUUAUGACAUCAAUAGUUCAAAUGUCAAAUGAAGUCAUUAAAAAUGGACAUAUUUAUACUAAUUUUAUAUAUCCAGAGUUAAAGUGAACAAAAUGUUAUAUAGUGUCAUUGUCUCAUCUUUUUACAGAUUUGAAAUACUCACAUUUUAUUCAUUGUGUUCAAAUUGUUUGUUAAUUAUGUCACUAUUUAUGUUCAUUGUUUUUUUAUGAAAAUUUGUCAUUUUCCAGAAUUACCAAGAAGUGCUUACUUUAUCAUUCAUAGUUUUUGU